AUGAGUGGACGAGUACUCGCUGCAGGGCUGCGGCCUCUGCCACGCCGUGCCACAGUUCACCCCGUUAGACACCUGCAUCGCCAAUCGACAGGCGGACUCCUCCAGGCCGAUGCUGCAAUUCGAGCGACUCGGAAGCGAAUGUGGCAGGGUGGAAAUGCGUUUCAUAAUGCCGUCACUACACGGAAUGCCUCAUUCGCGAGAUUUUUGCCCAAGCUCAUGGUCAAGUUCUUGAGAGUGCCGGCAAUGUUCGGCGGUGUGGCUAUAGGUGCUUUUGCUUGGGUACAAUAUCAGGCAGCUCAGGCCGGUACAUUUGCCGUGAACCUAUUUAACACGACUACGGACACCGUUACGGGUGCUGCCUCGAGCUUAUUCGGCGGUGCCAAGGAUAUUGCUGAUCAAGUGAAUCGUGGGUGGGCGUCCACGAAAGAAAAGGCCGCUUUGCCGGAUUGGAUGAAAGAUCUACUUCGACUUCAAGAGGAUAUUGGUACUGGUGGUUCAGGAGGCUCAGGCGGCGGUGGCGGCGAUCCAAAGCAGAGUAAGCUCGGUGCCGCAGCUGCUGUUGGUGCCUCUGCCGCUGCUUAUGGAUACGACAAAUCGGACGAAGAGGACCCUCGAAAUGGUGAACAGGUUGCUAGGGAUGACCAAAUGAUGGUUCUAACCAAGAAGAUGAUUGAGAUCAGGACCAUUCUCCAAAAGGUCGGACAGUCUAGCACCCUGACGCUUCCCUCAAUUGUUGUGAUCGGCUCUCAAUCUUCUGGAAAGAGCUCCGUCCUGGAGGCGAUUGUCGGUCAUGAAUUCCUUCCCAAGGGCUCCAACAUGGUUACAAGGAGACCGAUUGAGCUUACACUUGUUAAUACGCCUACAUCCAGGGAGGAGUACGGAGAGUUUCCCGACCUGGGCUUGAGGCACAUCACUGAUUUCUCGUCCAUUCAACGAACUCUAACCGAACUCAACCUUGCUGUUCCUGACACUCAGUGUGUCUCCGACGAUCCGAUCCAUCUUACAGUGUACUCCCCGAACGUACCCGACCUGUCACUUAUCGAUCUUCCUGGCUACAUCCAAGUUGUCGGACAAAACCAACCUCUGGAACUGAAGCAGAAGAUCUCCGAACUUUGUGACAAGUACAUCCAGCCACCCAAUGUCAUUCUUGCCAUUUCAGCUGCCGACGUGGAUCUUGCGAAUUCUACUGCCCUGCGAGCUUCUCGGAGGGUUGAUCCUAGGGGUGAGCGAACAAUUGGUGUCGUUACCAAGAUGGACUUGGUUGACCCUAUUCGUGGUGCAAGAAUCCUGAAUGAUCAACAAUACCCUCUAAGACUGGGUUAUGUUGGCGUGGUUUCCAAGGCCCCUCAGAACCAGGGACUGUUCAAGAUGGGCAACACCAAUCUACUUACCCAAAUUGUGAAGACCGAGAAUGCUUUCUUCUCGUCCCAUCCCUCUGAGUUUGGCCCUCAAGCUGGAGUCAAUGUUGGAACCACCACUCUGCGAAAGAAACUUAUGCAUGUUUUGGAACAAACCAUGUCUGGAAGCCUGCAAAGCACUAGUGACGCCAUUCGACAAGAGCUUGAAGAGGCGACAUACGAGUUCAAGGUGCAAUACAAUGACCGCCCACUUUCAGCCGAAUCUUACCUUGCGGAGAGCUUGGACGCUUUCAAGCACUCGUUCAAGCAGUUCGCAGAGGAAUUCGGACGUCCUCAGAUGCACGAGCUCCUGAAACACGAGCUGGACCAAAAGGUUCUUGACUUGCUCGCAGCCAGAUAUUGGAAUAAGCCUAUCGAUGAUUUAACACCUAUCAACCCCGAUCUCGAUAGCCUGGCGGAUCUCCCUAAGGCUCCUGCUGACUCUCUCUACUGGCACCGACAACUGGAUGCUUCUACAUCCGCGCUUACGAAGCUCGGUGUUGGACGCUUGGCCACGACAGCAGUCGCGUCUUCUAUCCAGGCCCAUAUUGAUGCCCUGAUCAGCAACUCCAGUUUUGCUAGCCACCCCUUCGCCCGACAAGCCAUUAUGGAAUCUGCUUCCACCAUUCUGAACGAAAGAUUCUACAGCACUAGUGAUCAAGUGGAAAACUGCAUCAAGCCGUACAAGUUUGAGGUUGAACUCGAGGAGCGGGAGUGGAUCAAGGGACGUGACCACGUUGGCAAUGUUCUCAAAAAGGAGCUUCAAGACUGCGAGAAGGCUAUGAAGAGCCUGGAAGACAGUGUCGGUGGACGACGAAAGAUCAAGGAAGUUAUGACAUUCGUUGAUAAGGCCCGCAAGGGCGAGGUUGUUGUUGAAGGUGACAACCGUAGCGGCGCUGGAGGUUUCAGUGCUGCUCUUCUAAGCAAGGCACGUGAGGCUGUUUUCCUGCGCGACAGAGCCGACAUCAUCAAGAUGCGUCUGCUUGCAGUCAAGUCAAAGCAGUGCGCUGACCCCAAAAACAAGUACUACUGCCCUGAGGUGUUCCUUGACGCUGCUGCCACCAAAUUGGCAUCUACUGCUGUCCUCUUCCUCAAUGUUGAGCUACUUUCAGAGUUCUACUACAACUUCCCUCGAGAGCUGGAUCUCCGACUUGGUCGCCACCUGUCCGAUGAUCAGAUCGAGAAGUUUGCCAAGGAGGAUCCCAAGAUUCGCCGACACUUGGAGGUCAUCCGCCGCAAGGAGUUGCUUGAGCUGGUCCUCGAGAAGAUGGAGAGUCUUCGACAACUUGACGGCCGCGAACGCGAGCGAGCAACCCCUAACUCGAGAAGGGAGCGUAAGCAGACCCGCUGGGGCUUGUUCUAA